AUGCCUCAAUUCAGGCGUCCGAGAUGGCCAAACCCUCAAGACUCCUGCGGUCACGAGAUACUCAAUACGAUUCUCACGAGGAAAAAGGCAUGGUUCGCAAAUGGACUAGCCCUUGAAAAAUAUUCCACAGACUUAGAACCAAAUCUUCAAGCAGCCUUGAAUAGCCUCGGUCUUGAGCGUGGCGAGAUAUAUGUUCGACUUUACAUGAUCGGCCGGGCUGAAACAACAUCAGAGCCCACGAUCAUGGUCUGUUGCAUGAACGAAAGCAUCAGGUCUCGCGUGAAGAACGAACUACGAGCCAAUCCUACACUACGAGCCUGUCGCGAGUUCCUCGUCCAUGGGCUGCCGCACCCGCUUGAGCAACUGCGUCCAGCACGACCUCUGGCAGGAACCAGCAACAACUGUAGUCGUUACGAAGAAAAGCUUGAAACAGACUUGCCUUCUAGUGUAGCUUCGGGCGAUGAGGUCUUUUCGCCGACUGCGUCGCUAAGCUUGGGACGCCGUCUGUUCAAGCCUCCAAACGACAACGAGGCUAUCCUUUGGGCCACGGGUGGUGUUUUUCUUCAUAUCGAUGGCGCAUGUCUUCAACUCACAGCUGAGCAUGGUCCAAGUGACUUAGACGCGGAUCAAGAUUCUCCUUCUACGCUAGAAACGGAUCUGGACGCCUUCUCAAUCAAUGGGAGCGAGGAUGACGAAGAAGAGGAAUCCUUGCUCACCUACGACGUCUUGAGCCAAGGGAGUAUCACUCCGAAAAGGAGCUUUCUUUCGCAAAGGUCAUUUUCGAUCAAUCAAUCAGAGAGUUCUUCAUGGGAUAACGAAAGCUCCAUUGCAGAGGAUUGGCCCUGCGGAGACGACCAUGAUACUGGAUCUGAUGCUGAACCAUCGCGUAACUCAGGGUAUCGAACUCGGAAUGCUAUCGACGAUAUCCAGCACCUCGAAGCUACAAAAAGUGUCGGAGUGAUUAGUAUUCGCGCCAGCCAAGGCUCGUCCCCAGGGCUCGAUUACGCCCUUAUACACACACCACCCCCAAAGCCAUGCGAUUCCGUCAAUGGGUUCACUGUUCCGAUUGGGAACGCAACGAGAUCCCUCUACGUCUGUAGAAGCGACUUAUCUCCGCCAGGAGAGAAGAAGAUACUUAUAGUUGGGGAUGGUGGAUCUAUUCGUACCGGAGACCUCCCACCAGGAACGACUCUGUUCAAAAGAACCGGUCUGAACUCCUUCCAGCACUUACAAAUUGUGCGACUCAUCGGCAGCAACUUCGUCUUUGGCGAUUCGGGAGGGGCGGUGCUAGACCAAGAAUCAGGCGCCUUCUACGGUCAUGUUGUGAGCGGCAGUCCGGGUACGGGUAUAGGUUACCUGGUGCCAGCAACCGAAGUGUUUCAAGAUCUGAGCUCGAGGGGCUUUCAAGCAGAACUACAUGGACGUCAUAAUUCCCAAAGCGUGCAAUACGGCAUGGAUAGAUCCAACAGCUGGUUGGAUGAUCAACUCAAGGCCAGCAAGUUCCCCCGUAGGGAUGCCUCAACUCAAACCGAAAAUGCCCUGCUACCUACGCCGCCCUUGUCGCAGGUGGGCAGUGACUCCUAUCAGCCUCGCUCACGAACUCCAUAUUUCGUAAGUCCCAUCGAAUUUGGUCACAACUCAUUUAGAUCUCGCUGGCCAUAUUUUGUCGGCCCCGAGAGAUCAGUGCUAGCCACUUGGUUCAACGACAGGCUGCUAGACGACCUGCAAAAUAUCGGUGCUGAGGAUCUGUGGUCGAUAUUCUUCGAAUCCAGUGCGUCCACAUAUUCUCGAAAGAUCGAAGCGCUUCGGAACUUUUGUCGAACAGCAACACUGGAAUCCCUGGAGAGGGAUGUGUCCAAAGUGUCCAAAGUUUCGACGAUAUGGCUGGAUCAGCGAGAACAUCAUAGCCUUGGAAACCGAUCUACCCCGGGAGCUCUCACAGCCGGAGAACUAUUCAAACAAUUGAAGCUCAAGCGAUUUGGUGAACGUGGUUAUGUUGAUGCCGACAGACGAAUAAUAUUUGUGCAGAACCUUGACCCUUCCUCAGUAUUGUGCCUUGCGACCACAUGUUCAAGGACAGAGCGAGAUGGGUUAGGAAAUGUCAUUUACAGACAUAUGAUGUUUCGUCCCCAUUUUGGCGUCACGCUACGCUCAUCAGCUUUGCAAACGUUCGACCUAGAGUUCCACAUUCCCAUGGUCGCCCUGAGAUCUUACGCGGGAAAGGCUCAAUGUUCGGGCAGCCCUAUUGAAGAGGCCCACCAGUCGACUGAUGUUUCGUUUCUCUUUCCGGUCAAACAUGGAUCUUCGACAAGUGGUAUCUCUCAAUUCCUACACCAAAGCCAAGUUUCACUCUUGGUCACGGGAUUCGACGAGAAUCGAUGGACGGCCUUUUGCUUUGUACAUUCUCCUUCCGAAGACCAAGAAGAUUCUAUACCACGUAUCGACGACUCUGACGAAGAGCUACUGACGGACCCAGUGUCCUGUGGCAAGCUACCGGUUGGGAUGCCUUGGGAUCCAAGAGAAUACUUUCUUGCGGUUCUGCGAGUUCGCCUCAAACACUUGGCUCGGGAGUGGGAUCACACCAUGUCUUAUGGGCCAGUCAAAGGUACCCAAAACCUUGUGUUGAAGAAUGACAUCCUCGAGGCUCAGGACCGCUUAAGACGCAGUCAAGUUCUGAUCAUGCAUCUCAUCUACACUAUCGCAGGAACCCUGGCAGAGUGGGACAAAUUUCAAGAAGACGCCUUGGAGUCAUAUUUCGACGACUUGCAGAACCGAAAAUCGUUCUCGCACGAUGCUUGCCGUCGUGAUAUGUUAAAGUCACUUGAGAGCGUCAAGCAAUCCGAGACUUCCUUACGAAAGAUGAAGGACCUAUGUAUAAGCAGAAACUCUCAGUACUCCCUGGCCUAUCAGACUUCAGCGACGAAAGCAUAUGAACCUACCGUCCCUAGGGAUAGGCUCCUUAAAUUCAUUACAAUGAUGGGCCUGGACCCUCCGAUGCUCAGCUGUCCUACCUCAGGCCUUCGAGUCGACCAAGUCGUGUCGCACAAUGGUUAA